UGUUUGGUUCUUUUGGCUUCAACCAGGUUGAUAACAAGUUUCCCAUGAAUGUCAUGAUGCCGCAUAUAACAAUCAUCAAUUAUAUCAACGGUCAUUCGCUAACCAGAUCAAAUGCUGAAAGCAAGAUAUUAGCAUUAAUGAAUGUCAGCACGGAAAAGGUUGUGAUUAGAUUAUUACAAUACGUUAAACAUAUGGUUAAGGCGCUGCUUUUCAUUGCUCAAAAAAAAAAAAAAAAAAAAAAAAGAACCUUGCACAGCAAAAAUUACUACGCUCUACCGAUGGGUAAACCAUUCCUCCUGCUAAACAGAGUUCAAGGCUUACACCCCUUCAAAAAAUUGAUUAUACACAAGACCGCCAAGAUAGCCGUACGGAAAACGAUGAUAAAGCUACAUACUAUAUCAAAUUCAGGCCGAUCAAGCACGCAACCUUUGCGCACGUUUGUCAAGACUGGUACCAGCGAGUUCAAUAUAAGUCAAAGCAUCUGUUUCAGGUCGUGGCUGCUGGGACUAAUGGUCGUUUUAUAAUGUUUUCGAAGUAUCUUGUGGUAACCAGUUGCCUUCAGGCCCUCUACCAGAUCAGAACGUAUUCCUUUAAAUUUAAUGAGGAACUAGCAAGACCACUAGAGCCAGGAGAAACCCCACCCGAUUGGACAGGAAUACAAAACAGUUUCUCAUCAUGACACCCUCUGUAUCAUACAACUUAAUAGUGUCAGCGAUUCUGUAAAGAAGUAUGAUGAUACAGAUUGCAAUCUGAUUGCAACACUGAAGCGGUUGACUGAACCCUGAUUCUGAAAGAAUGGUUAUUGGUGAUUCUUGGUGAUUCUUGGUGAUCUUGGUU